GCCGGACGCAUAUUGUGACCACCCCACGACUUUGCAGGAAUAUCAUGGGCAUGCAGUCGGUGGAGAGUGAAGAACAGUCUUCUCCAUACCUUUUACCGCAUCCAUCACCACGACUCUGACACAGUGCAGUUUGGAAUUCGACGUUGAGACACUCCUAGCGGUCUUCUUUUCCGUCGGAAGCUACUCAUGAUUGGGCACUCUGUCCCAGAAUACAUAUUCAUUCGAAUAUGUAUCACCGGGCUUCGUCUUAUCGCUCCUCUGAGCAUCUUGUACCUCAUUGCAUGCUUGUAUACUAAUACAUGGAUUCUAUCUCCGUGGAUAGCUGCCUAUGCCUUCGUGGAGGCAGCCUUCUACCUGCUUGUGUACUUGCCGAGGAGUUGGUAUUUGCAGAAGGCUGCAGUUCAUCCUCCCCGCCUAUCCGAGGAAGAACGCAAGGCGCUUUUUUCGAGGUGCUUUGCCCGAGUUCGUGAUACAGACCAAGCUGCAGGCUGGUUUUUCGCUUCCCCGCCUCAUGAAAUAUUCAGAGACAACAUCGCCGAAUGGCUCCUAUGGGCCUUGUUUUCCAGUGAUCGCAACGGUCGCGAGGAAUGGGAAGAUGAGAUUGAGCAGUAUAUUCAAGCGAUGGAAAAGCUCAUGGGUCACAAAUUCAAGACAGGCUGGAAUGAAUCCGUAGGAUGCAUGAAAGUUUCCAUGGACCCCGUCGUAUCGCUACAUAGACCUUUCAUUUGGUAUCUUAUCAUCUCCAUUGUAGAUACAUACACAACCAUUCUUCUUGCGUGCAACGGAUUUAUACCAUACCUGCAACACGAUUGGCAUUUCCACUUCCCUCCACAUGUGUUGGCUCAUUGGGCUAGGAAGGCUCCGACUGAUCGUCUCUCCUAUUGGUACCGUCCACAUCGCUCGAAGACCAAACAUCCUAUUCUCCUUCUGCACGGCAUUGGUAUUGGGCUGUGGACUUACGUGCCAUUCCUUUUGGAAAUCGUGAAGGAAGACCCAGAGGUUGGCAUCAUUGCUAUCGAGAACCUCCCUAUCAGUAUGCGCAUGUCACCACCGCCUCUCGAUCGCUUUGCUAUGUUAGACGCUAUUACCAAGAUACUGGAUUAUCAUGAACUCCCGAACGUGGUGGUUGCGAGUCAUUCAUAUGGUACGAUCACUGCAGCCCAUAUGUUUAAGGACGCCAAAUUGCAGAAGCGUAUCGCAGCCUCGCUGUUCAUAGAUCCUAUAACAUUUCUACUCCACCUUCCGUCGGUCGCAUUCAACUUCCUCUAUCGAGAACCAAAAACUGCAAACGAAUGGCAGCUAUGGUACUUCGCAAGCCGCGAUCCCGAUAUUGCACGGUGCUUAUCGCGGCAUUUCUUCUGGAUUGAAAACGUCCUUUGGAAGGAGGAGUUGAAAGAUAGACGAGUGGGUGUGGUGUUGAGCGGACGGGAUCAGAUUGUCGACUCGAUUGAAGUCUGGCGAUACUUGACUGGAGAGGCGGACAAGGAUCCAGAGUUCCGUUGGGCGACGGACAAUCUGGAGAUCCUUUACUAUCCAGAUCUGGACCAUUCCAAAGUCUUCGAUACCGCGGAGCAACGGCGACCACUGGUCGAGAUGAUCGGUAGAUUCGUUGAAACGAAGUCCACCUCUAAUGGUAAAGUAGAAGAUACAAGCGGGGGCGAUGAUAUGCAUGGCUCAUCCACUAUUUCUGAAAGACGCCAAGCUAACGAAACGACAUCGCUCAUCGGGUCCACUUCUUCAGCGAUUUCCUACCGUUCCAAUCUGAAGAAUUGACGACCUCGUAGCAUUUAGGACUUCACAUACGUAUACCUACUUGGUCACGUACCAUAAUAGAGGACUGCGGAGAAAAUUUCUCUUGCUUCACAUAUCUGUCGCUCCUAGCAGCAAUGACAUUUAUCUUUGAAUUCCCAUAGGACUCAGAAUCGACAGAAACGUUCUUACUCACCUGCC